GGCAGUUUAGAUUUCGGUUUGAGGAAACUACAAUCUGCCUGCUGAUCUGCUGUGUGGUAAUUGAAGUUUCGCAAUAGGCGAAACAUCUCUUGGUUUGUUAUUGGUUCGAUUUUGCCUAAAUUCGUGAAAACUUAUAUAAAACUGAAAUUUGCAAUACCUGGCAUGUCUUUAAAAUGACGAAAGCUGAUUUGGUGGUUUUAUUAGAAGGUUCACUUAACUUCAGAGGUCUCCCAUCAUAUGGUUAUAAGUAUAUAAUAUAUAUAGUCUAAAUACCAACAAAAUGAAUGUCAAUUUCAAGUUCCACUAAAAUAUAAUUUUAAAAAUAUUAGGCACUUCCUAGAGUUUUAGAUUAAAACUUAAUUGAACGUAAUGCAAACAUCCACAGCCUAUGAUGACAAGCGAAUUUAUACAGAUAUUUGCCCAAAGAAAAAAAUCACUGAUGUAAAUCCCAGAGAAAAUACACCUUGCACCAUUUCUUCUUUUCGUCCUCAAUCACAUGUGGAAGAAAAUGCUUUCCAUUUAUCAAACAGAAGAUGGCUGAUUUUAAUGGCAUACUGUUUACUAACAUUAUCUGCUGGCUCAAGUUGGCUAUGUUUUCCUGCUGUGUCAAACAUAAUGAAAGUAUAUUAUAAUAUUGGAAUUCUUGCAGUGAAUAUGUUAUCGAUAAUUUUCGGUAUUGCAAUAGUUAUUUUUUCCUUACCAUUUGCAACUUUCUUGGGUAAGUUUGGACUUGGAGCCACCCUAAAACUUGCAGCUUUUGCAAAUGUAGCUGGAGCUUCUGUGAAAUACUUUAGCACAAACAGUGAUUAUGGAUAUUGGUUUUUACUGAUUGGUAAUGCACUUGUUGCUAUAUCUGUUGCUGGAUUUUUAUUCUUACCUGGACAAAUAGUUUCGACUUGGUUUUCCGAGAAAGAAAUUGGCAAAACUACAUCAGUAUGUAUUGCUUUUGAUGCAUUAGGACCUGGGUUGGGAUUUUUACAUGCUACCUACAUGAUUCGAAAUAGUAACAACACCAAUGUUAUUGGGUCAAGCAUUCAAUCAUUUCUAUUGUCCCAGUUGGUUCCAGCUGUUUUUGUUUUCGGCUUUGUGUUAGUAACUGUGAAAAGCAAACCCAAACACCCUCCAAAUUUAUCAGCAAAAAUUUUCAAAAAUGAACAUAACAAAAUUCAAGAUAAUAAUAUUUAUCGUUAUCAUCAUUCCUUAAAGAGCGCCAUUUUUAUGUUGUUAAAGAAUGUGGACUUCCAUUUUGUCAUACACUUACAAGGAAUCACUGCAUCAAUAGAAGGCAUUUUUGAAAUUUUAUUAAAUGAAAUGCUUAUUGAGUUGUACCCAGGACAAGAACAAGGCAUUGGGAUGAUUGGAUUUUUGGCUGUAAUAUUUGGAUUCAGUAGCAACAUUUUAGUUGGCAGCAUUAUCGACAAGACAGGGUCGUAUCGGAAAGUAACGUUUGGAGUGUUUUUUCUCACAACAUUUUUUUGCAUUGUUUGGAGUGUGCUGCUUAAGUAUGUGCUUGAUAUAAUAUUUACUGGAUUGAUUUACUGUUUGCUCAUGGCAACAAGUACCUCAUACUAUACUAUUGCUUUUGUACAUGGUUUGCACGUGGCAGAACCAAUUUCACCCUCUGUCACUGGGAUCGUGUUGGUUUUAACAUCACAAAUUUAUGACACGGUUGCAUCUUUUAUUGCUACACAAAUUUUAGCUGAAAUUGGUGUGAAUGGGGUAAAUGGGACAGCAAUUGUUGUCUGUGUAUUUGCAAUUAUACUUUCCUUGUUUUUGAAAAGUGACCUGCGCAAACCUGAUCCUCAGCAGGUAUAACUUAGACAUUGUUGCUCUCUGUUUUGCUAGUAACUUUUAUUUUUUCUGGAGAAUGACAGGUAUUAAUAAUAUAUAUAUAAUGUGUUUUAAUUAUUAAGAAUUAAACAAAACCGAAUAAUAUCAUUUAAUUAUAUUCUAAAGAAAAUGUAUAUAAAUUAUUUAUGAAUCAUUUUACAUAGUUAGAGUUCUUUGAGUUUUUGAGUAUUAACACAUUGUUAAAUAUUAAUGACAUGAGUUAAACACGUGAUUUGCUGUUUGAAAAAUAUUUACACUAUUUUAAAGCAUUUAUUUCCUAAAACCCUCGUUCAACCAAUUUGGAUACAAUUCUUAGUAUCUAUUUUUAAUGUGGAUGCGUAUUUGAAAGUAUAUAUAUGGUCAAUCUUAAGAAAAGUGUUCGAAAGCAUAAAAAAACAUUGCUUUAUUUUGAUUGAAUUUUUUAUGGUGUUCCCCACCCGCAAAUGGUGGCUACCUAAAGACAUUUUUAGGAAAUUUAUUUUUGCGAUUGAGAGGCCUGAAUAGUAUUGAAAUCAAAUAUAAAUUAACUUACAUUUUUUAAACAUCGUUUUACUCAUGGUGUUCAAGAAUUUUUAAAUAUUUUUGCGAUGUAAAAAAAUUGCUGAACAUUAUUUCGCGAUUAAUCGACUUUGUUGGGAGAUAAUAUUAUCUCAACAUUACAUGGAAUCUACAAUCCGUUAAUUCGGCUUGCUACCUUGAAAAUUCAGACAUACGUUAUUAUAUAUAAUUUUGUUUUGGUAUUUUUCUAUAGCGAGAGACUGCCGCUCAAAAUAUAUAAUAUACCUUAACACCAUUAAUUUUCGCGCACCUUUUAUUUUCGCGCACACUAUUUUCGCGCCUUUAAUUUUCGCGCAACCUUCAAAAACGCCGAUUCGCGCACCCUUUAAUUUUCGCGCACCUCCAAAUUUACAAUUUUUUUUGAAGUGAAAAAAUUUUAAAAGUAAUUGAUAGACGGUUUUUCAGCUUUCCAAUGACUCUUUUCUUCUGAUUUUAAGUAAGCCCGUUGAUACAAAAUAACAUAGUUAAUAGAAAAAACACUGGUUCGGAAGAUCGGCAAACUUCAAAGGAUUCUCAAACGGUGUUUAUAAGUACGUCACGUGACCUUGAUAAUGCACGAUCAUUUCAAAAUGGCUUUAGUAUAGGAGGAAAUGAUAGUGUUUUGGUAUCCUUAGAUAUUUUUGAGGAUGACUUUAAAGAUAUUAUUGAAGUUUUAAACGAAGAUGAAUAUAUAAAUGAAUUCUCAAACAAUCUAUGUGAAGACGUAAGUAAUGGGAAAGCUUUUUGUAUGUCACAGAAAAUGUUAAUAUGACCACAUUAUCAUUUAAGAUCGAACUUGGCAACUUUCCCUGUGAAGUAUGUGACAAAGUGUGCAAAAGAAAAGGUGGAUUAAAACUUCAUUACAUUAAGAAGCACAAUAAUAAUGAGCUUGAGGCUAAGAAGGAAGAGGAACAAAAGGAAGAACUAGUUGAUGAAGAAUUUAUAACCAAACUUUUAAGAAAGGCAUUGGAAAAUGUAGUAACUAGUGACAAUGUUUUUUCAGAAAUUAUUUCAAAAGAAUUUAAAGCAUAUGAAGAGUAUGGUUUUGACAGAGCUAUCUCACAGAAAAUAGUACAUCAAUUUUGCCAACAUAAAAGUAGCCAUAACAAAUCAUCAGAAAAAUUCUUCAUACUAUACAAAUAUUGUUACACAUGCUAUAAAUUUUAUACCUCCAUCGAUAAACAGUAAAUACUUCAAAAUAGUUCUCAUGAAACUUGGUGACUUAUUAUGGACUACGAAUAAUGAAACUACAAGUGCUACUUCUGACAAAAAUAUUAAUAUAUCAGAAAAGAAAAUAGGAGGACUAUAUUGGGGGAUAUAUUUUACACAAACUUCAAGAAAUUUGAAAAGUUCAAAAAAUUGGAACAGUCUGGAAUACCAAUAAGCAAUAGCACUUAUGGAAGCAAACUUAUGCCGAAUUAGACCAAAGCGAUAGACAAAAGCGAAUCAUCAUUGGAUGGUAACGUACCCCUGAUGCACUAACUGCUGCCAUCUUCUUUUGUUCUUGCCAAAAUAGAUGGCGUGAUUUUGCGAGUAGUGUUGGACAUAAUACUGACAAAGUCAUUAUGGAGCUCUGUAUGUUGUUUAUUGUUUUUAACUCUAGCCUCAUUUUCUCUAAUUUUGACUCUAGUUGUGCACAUUUUAAGCAUUUGUUUUUUAGGCUAAUAAUAACUCGUUGUGGUGCAGUUUUUGAUAAGGGUGCUUUGAGUUUAGCUGGGGUGUGCAGCGUUUUUUCUAAAACUUUGGCAGAAUUUUUUUUUUCUGAAAACUUCACUGCAAGAAGUGCAAAUUGUUUCGUCCUGACUUUCCAUAAGCAACAGACAGUUUUUAGUCCUGUAAUACACAAAAUUUUCAUAUGGUUGUAGUCAUUGAUCUUCUCUGUUAAGUAGCUCCAAGGGUGAUUUCCGAAUUGCGUGUGCUAUGACCUGGCUAGAAAGAUCUGGUUGAGUGCCACUGCAAAAUGUGAAGUUUUCAAUGCUUACCAAAAUAUUGGAAACAGUAAUGUUUUUAAGUGAUCUUCUGCAAUUUUUAUAUAAAGUAUGAUCUUCUGUAUGAUGCCCAAAACAUCAUCAAUACACACUUCUUAGUAUGGCUCACUCCAGGGUUGCAUAAACCUUUUAAAUGUAGUAGUAUUGUCAGUUAAAAAUGUCCCACAACCAUUUAAGGAUUUUAAGUUUUUAAUGCGUGUGUUUAAAUAUUUAAGGUUUUUGUAAUAGGGGUUAUUAGUUGUGUUCCAAUGAGAUACUUCAUCAGAAACUGUACAUAACGUGAGUUAAAGCUGUCAAAUAGCACAGUAAUAUAACAACAGGACGCUAAUCGCUUGAACGAACUCGUUAGCAUCAUUCGGUAUGUUGUAAAUAGUAUAUGAUAGAUGAGAUUUAGUUAGAUAUAGAACGAGCUAUACCGCGAACUGCUAGAUCGAGCCUUCCGGCUCGGCCGAUGUCAGCAGUGAGUGGUACGCUCUGGAGGCACUGCGUAGUUAUUUUUGGAAAGAACAGGGAUUUGUCGCAAUAAAUAUGGUGUUUUUCCUGUAAAUAUAAUCAUAUGUAACAACAACAAAAAAGCACCUUUAACAUUGGAGUUCACUGCCCGGAUACGUUAACUGGUUUAGGUCUGUAUAGACUAAUGAUAACCAGCCGGAAUCUCCUGUUAUGAAUUGCUGAAGCUGAAAGACGAAAUUUUGAUGGUGGCAGCUAAUGCUAAAAAAAGAAAUAAUGAUGCGAUAAUAUAUGACUUUGUCGACCUUCACUGAUCGUUAAGAAACGCGUUUUGGGUAAUAUUGAAUAGUUAAUACUUUUCGCCGUUCCGAGGCAUAUAUCGGAGAAUUAGCCGUCCCGAGGCAGAUAUCGGAGAUUUAGCCGUCCCGAGGCAGAUAUCGGAGAAUUAGCCGUCCCGAGGCAGAUAUCGGAGAAUUAGCCGUCCCGAGGCAGAUAUCGGAGAACCAAUUAACUAUCCUAUAGUGCUCAGAAAUUAUUUACUUGAUGUUCAGUGAUAACAAUGACAAGAUACAAAUAUUAUUGAAACGUUUCUUUGAUAUGAGGCUGGACUUAAAAAUCGUGAUGACAGAAAAGCUGAUGAUAAACGACAUUAAAACAUUUUCGUUAAAGAGAAAAAAAUAAAGCCGUGAUACAUGGGGAUAUGAACCCGUAAUGUGGUUAAUGAGAAAAAGAAUGUUGUACAUAGACUUCAGAUUUUGCGUGACGUAAAUGUUUUUUAUUGGAGUCUGGGGACAGACUCUUGUGACAGAGAGGGUAAUGUUACAAUGAGAUACUUCAUCAGAAACUGUACAUAACGUGAGUUAAAGCUGUCAAAUAGCACAGUAAUAUAACAACAGGACGCUAAUCGCUUGAACGAACUCGUUAGCAUCAUUCGGUAUGUUGUAAAUAGUAUAUGAUAGAUGAGAUUUAGUUAGAUAUAGAACGAGCUAUACCGCGAACUGCUAGAUCGAGCCUUCCGGCUCGGCCGAUGUCAGCAGUGAGUGGUACGCUCUGGAGGCACUGCGUAGUUAUUUUGGAAAGAACAGGGAUUUGUCGCAAUAAA